AUGCAGCCAAAUGCGACCUUCACAGGAAGCAGCCUCCGAAAUGAGACGCAGCUCAUAAGCGCCUCAAGUGGCUGAAUAAUGUUAAUCACUCAGGUCCAGGUGCUUCUAGAUUACACGGCUGAACAAAACGACACAUCUUUCAUUUAAAACUGCUGGACAGUGUGGCAGAGAUGGCGAAGGCAGGCAGGGAAUCUGGGUUGAUUGUUUCAGCUCCACGAUGGGAAGAACCUCAAGAUUUCUGUAACCCUGACAAACUGCUGUUGUGCCCCUAUGACCCACAUCAUCUGAUCCGGGCCUGCCGGUUCCCCUACCAUCUCAUCAAAUGCAGGAAGAAUCACCCUGAAUUGGUCGGUGAAUUAUGGACAUGUCCAUUCAAUGCCCGCCACUUGAUGAGAAAACAUGAGCUGUCCCAUCACAUCUCAACCUGUGUGGACCGAUGCUCCGUCAAUGAGACCUACGUGACCAGAGACAAGACUGAUAGCAAGUUUCAAAUCCCAGUGGGCACCUGGACUGCACCUGUGUGUGACGAAGACUGGGAUGAAGAAGUGGACAAGCAUGUAACCACAGCGCCAUCUUUUGUCAGAGAUGUGUCCAAAUCGCUUCCUCAGGACAGGGAGAACAACAGCCUUUCCAGCAAUGCAAUUGCUGGUCUCAGGGCACCACGAGUUCUUCCCUGGACGAGCAGCUGUACUGAUUUUUGAGCAUUUUAAUAUGUCAAAACUAUUAUUUUUCAUUUACAAUGAAUACUGAAAGUGUUGGUUGGUUGCCUUUGCCAUUUUAUUGUAUAGUUCACUAGUUCUUGCAGUGAUAAAUUAGUUCCCUAAUCUUCAGUUCAGUUUCCCAAAGGUGGAACAAUAGAGGUGGUUUAGGUUCUGUGUUUACACCACAUAAAAGAAAAGCUUACGACCAGGAUAUUUACAAGACUUUAGUUGACAUGUUUUGUGUUGUCAUAGUUGCUCUGUGCCUGUAAUUCUACCUCUGUGGUCUCUUAGGAACGCCAUCCUGUUUUUUCUUUUCAUAGAACAGUUAAAACAAAUAAAACUCAAUUUAUAAAUUCUAAAAUGUUAGGAUUCAAAAACCUGUGAGCCUUACCAAGUUUGUAGUUUGUGCCAACAUCACACUGGCAUAUUUUCUUCAAUAAAGAAAUAGUCUCCUCUUUAA